CUGGUGGACACGCGGCUGGUGCACCACAACGUGACGCGCUGGAAGACCUUUGAUGUGAGCCCGGCUGUGAUCCGGUGGACCAAGGACAAGCAGCCGAACCACGGGCUGGUGAUCGAGGUGACCCACCUCCACCAGGCACAGACUCAUCAGGGCAAACACGUCAGGAUUAGCCGAUCUUUACCUCAAGGGCGCGGGGACUGGGCGCAGCUCAGGCCGCUCCUGGUCACUUUUGGGCACGACGGGCGAGGCCACGCGCUGACCCGCAGAGCCCGGCGGAGCCCCAAGCACCAGCGUUCCCGCAAGAACACCCAAAAGAACAAAAAAACGUGCCGCCGCCAUGCCCUCUAUGUGGAUUUCAGCGACGUGGGCUGGAACGACUGGAUCGUGGCACCCCCGGGGUACCAGGCGUUUUACUGCCACGGGGACUGCCCCUUCCCUCUGGCCGACCACCUCAACUCCACCAACCACGCCAUCGUGCAGACGCUGGUGAACUCGGUGAACUCCAGCAUUCCCAAGGCCUGCUGCGUGCCCACGGAGCUCAGCGCCAUCUCCAUGCUCUACCUGGAUGAGUAUGACAAGGUGGUCCUGAAAAACUACCAGGAGAUGGUGGUGGAGGGGUGCGGGUGCCGCUGACCCCCUUCCCUCUCCUCCCCUUCUCUCUCCCUCCCGUCCCACCCCAGAACUGCUUGCUAUAGCUGGACUCUUCUCUAAACUAAACGUUCACCUUGACCUUAUUUAUGACUUUAUGUGCAAAUGUUUUUGACAAUAAUGAUCAUAUAUUUUGACAAAAUAUAUUUAUAACUACAUAUUAAAAGA